AAAGAAGAAAAAACCCAAAUAAAGUCUUAAAAUUAACUUAAGUUUUUGGCGUCGGUGCCGACGAUGGUCGGUGUAGAUGAAUCUAUCGCACCGUCUUCCCUCGAGGCUCAAGACGAUGACGAAGCUCCACGUUUCGUCCCUCGACGCUAAACGCUCCUCCUCCGUCUCCGCCGUAUCUUCUUUCAUCAUGCCGCCGUGCUCCCGUCCUCUACGCCGAGCCGUCAUAUACAUUGUCGCCAUUUCCAUCUCCAUCUUCGUCCUCUACAGAUCCCUUGAUUCCCUCGACGCCGUCCCCAGCUCCUCCUCGAUUUUCUCUCGCAUUUUCCCGUCAUUCGAUUCCUUCCAGUCUCUGCUUGAAGAGCCUAAGCUUGAAGAUGUUCUUCGUAGAGCUGCAACUCGUGACAACACAGUGAUUCUAACGACUUUGAACGAAGCUUGGGCAGCUCCUGGCUCUGUUAUCGACCUCUUCUUCGAGAGUUUUCGAAUCGGUGAAGGAACAAGCAUGCUCUUGAACCACUUGGUGAUCAUUGCUCUGGAUGCUAAAGCUUACUCCCGUUGCCGAGAGCUUCACAAGCACUGCUUCAGUCUCGAAACAGAAGGUGUUGAUUUCUCCGGAAAGGAGGCUUACUUCAUGACUCGCUCUUACUUGAAGAUGAUGUGGAGAAGAAUCGACUUCUUGCGUUCUGUUCUUGAAUUGGGUUACAACUUUGUCUUCACGGAUGCUGAUGUGAUGUGGUUCAGAAACCCUUUUACGCGGUUUUACAGAUACGCUGACUUCCAGAUUGCUUGUGACCAUUACUUAGGAAGGUCGAAUGAUUUAGAGAAUAGACCCAACGGAGGGUUUAGCUUUGUGAGGUCUAACAACAGAACUAUACUCUUCUACAAGUACUGGUACGCUUCACGGAUCAGGUACUCGGGGUAUCACGACCAGGACGUUCUUAACUUCAUCAAGAGGGAGCCUUUUGUUUUCCGGAUUGGGCUUAGGAUUAGGUUCUUGAACACGGCGUAUUUUGGUGGACUCUGUGAACCAAGCAAAGAUAUGAAUCUGGUUCGUACCAUGCAUGCGAAUUGCUGCUUUGGUAUGGAUAGUAAGCUUCAUGAUCUUAGAAUCAUGCUUCAAGAUUGGAGAGACUUUAUGGCUUUGCCACUUCAUCUUAAACAGGAGUCUGGUUUCUCUUGGAAAGUUCCUCAGAAUUGCAGUCUUGAUUCACUUCGGAGAUAUGAUGAGUCUAUGUAUGAAGAAGAGAGCGAGCCACCAGGAGAAUCCCAAGAGUGAAGUGUGUAUGUGUUUACAAAUGUAUAUAGAGAUUUGUUUUCGUUACAUGAAGAAGAAGAAAGAUGGAAGCCAAGUUUUGUAAAAAUCAUCGAUCGUUCUCAAAGAGGAACACAUAAUGCAAAUGUCUUGUUUGUUGUGCCAGAAGAGCCCAUUUUCUCUAGUAAUGAGUACUUGUUCAUUAAUAUUUGCAAUUUCUAACAAAUAUUUUCUAGCCACAUUUA